UUUUUAAAAAUUCACGAGACAGGAAUAGAAAUUGCGCAUACACAGUUCUAACAAUAGUUAGGUUAGGGUAUCAGACCACUACUUGCAUCAGUGCAAUCUGAAUGAAGUAGUUGUGUGGCCGAAUUUCUGUUUCUAUCUUGUGCAUUUGUAUAUUUUUAACGUUCGUUAGCUUACAGAGAAUUCUUUUAUUUUAUAACCAAUCAGUGCCUAUUGUGAAUUAAUUCCUUACCGAAAUUAUUUUAUAUUUGAUCCACCUUCUGUUUUAAAUGCUGUUUGAUUAACCUUUCAUUAUAUGAAUUUUCAUCAUUCAAUAUUAACCUGUGUACGUUCUAUGCAACGUAACUUUUUAAAAACAAACGACAGUUUUUGGCCACUGGAUAUACUACUUUUGCUUGGUGGUAGGUAGAAUAUAUGAUUCUUGCAGUUUAUGUUCAUGUAAUACGUUUCUUUUUAUUUACUCAGGCGUCCCUACCGAACUUGUCGAACUAUGGCAAAGAAAUUGUUUUCGUUGUUACCAAAUGUUAAUUAUCUAUCAGUUCGCAUUGGGCGUACUCAAAUCUCUUGACACGCAUCCCAACAUGCUGGAAAAAGUUUGGUCUAUUGUGCUUGCUAUUUCCUUGGUUUCAUGCUACACAAAAGAGUUUGUCUAUUGCUAUCAUCGGAAAUCACUUCAAAAGCUACGGGACUUCAUCAACGAGAAGUCGAUGUUUUCUGGAGACACAUACCACGAUGCAAGGAUUCGUUCUAAACUUAGGUCCAUCAUUAACAUGUUAACUGGAGCAGUUCUCACUAUUGCUAUUUUAGAACAAAUUAUGUUAACAUUAAUUUACAAAAAGGAUAAUCGACUCUUUGAACCACCCAGUAUCAUAAAUGCUUUCGGGAGAAUGGCCCCCGUCGCACGGUUCAUGAACUAUUUUCUGUUUGGAAUAAUUUGGUUUUGUAAAUUCUCAUGUUGCACUUUUACGGUUAUUUCACUUCUGAUUGGAGUUCGAUCUGAGUAUCAAAUAAUAUCGCAUGGCUACGAAUGUCUGCUAAAGUAUGUUUUAGCUCUGGACAGCUCCUCGCCUAUGUGGGACAAAGUCAUUCAUGAAACUCGAACGAUCUGCGAUCAACAUGUGAAGCUUUUAGGGUACAUUCAGCUGAUUCAACCUGUUGUGGGAGUUCUGUUUCUAAAGCUUAAUUACUUUUCAAAGCUGUUUAUUGGAAUGAUGAUGUUCGUAGUCAUGAACGAACCGUUUUCUUUUGGAACACUGGUGCUUGUUUCGUGCUUGCUAUUCUUCCUCAUGGAAGGCUAUUGGUGGUGCUGGUUUCUGGACACAUUCCAAGAUAUUAACGAAGAAAUCUGUUCAAUCGUGUACGAGAUAUUGCACCUGCUGCAUCAAAAAUCGACAAAUCAGCACCAAAAGUUUGCUCAACUAAGGAAAGAGCUGCUCAUCGUUUCCACAUGCACACCACACGGCGCGCGGUUCAAGUGGGGCGGAAUUUUCUACAUCGACAGAGCUCAGUUUGUGAGAUUUAUCAGAGCCGGAUAUUCAGUGUUGACCUUUUUGUUAAAUUUCCAUUCCUGGUGAAGCUUUGAAGUAUUUUCUGAUUGCAAUCUAAUUAAUCCUGAGAAUUAGAAGUCGACUGUUAACACCUAACGCAUUUCAAUCUAAUGUUUGAAUUGUUUUUUUUUUCUUGUGUAUUCUAUGAAGCGUCUUGAUUAAGACAUAUUUUUUCACGCAGGGACACAAAAGCAGUAAAAAUUAAUCCAUUGCCGUUUUCCCACCGAGCUUGAAACUGUACAAGUCGUUUUACGGUUAGUUUGAUAUCUGAGAUUUCGGCACUUGUACAAAUGUGAAACUCGAUCCCGAUGUUUUUUCGUGCUCCGACACGUGCGGAGGUCAUCGUUGGUUUCCCACACGGACCUAAGCAAACAUUUCGACAACGAUGACGACGACGAUGACGACGACGACGGCGGACGGAUAGCUGUCAUUAACUUUGAGAAGAUGCUGAUCCCAACAGAAAGAAAUUCCCGCUCGCUCGCAACCGUUAGAAGAAAAACAGUCAUCUUUGCCACUCACGUCCCACAACCCGAGCGGUUGGUUGGUUCGGAUGUUCGCUCGGUAUACUUUGCGAGGAGCCAUCUCGAACGUGUUACACUUACCCAACUGCACCCAUGUGGCUUGUUCUCAUAUUGUUUGUUUGCGUCGUAGACCUUUUUUGUUUCCCCCCUGGAGGCAGAAUGUAACCGUACGUAUCUUCAGCGCCGAAAUGUUUGGGCUCUGGUUUUUUUUGCAGACAUUAUCGUGAUUGCUUUUCGACCCCAUAGCGGUUGGUGAUUCGUGAGUGUUUUCCAAAAACUGUUGGUUUUUCAACAAAACAAAGUUGUUCUAGGGCAGCUUUGCUUAAGGGUAGCUUGAUUUCUGACG